ACUCCACCCCAGCCCAGAACAGCUCGAGCUCUGCAGCCACGGAAUCCCUCCCUGCAUUCAUACACUAUCACAGUACUACGCGACCCAUUUCUGAGUCGACUAGACUUGCCCCGCGAUGUGGGACGACGAGGACAACAACCCGUAUGGGUCCUUUGCCCGCCAUGAUUCAAACACCUCCGAUGUUACUGGCCUAGCCUCCCCUGCUGCCUGUGAGGCCUCAACAUUCGACGCAGACGCUGGGUUGAGUCCAUGAGCUUACUGUACCGUAGUGCCAUACAGACCGGCGACGCCGCCUUCCGAGGCAUCCUCCCCCGCGCAAGAGUCGCCCGAAUAUGUCUCGCAGCGGGACAUGAGCGACGUUGACUACGACGAGGAUCGGCAAAGCGGCGAGCCUGUCGCGCCCAAGAAGGGCGGCUACGAUGCGCGCGUGGAGCAAUGGUUGUACGAGAAUCCAGGACAGCUGAUCCUCAUCACCGAGGCCGGAAAGGAUAAUGUGAACUUCAUACAAUAUACAAUCAAUUGCGGCGGCCUCGAAGUCAAGCGCAGAUACUCUGAGUUUGCGUCGUUGCGCGCGACACUGGUCAACCUACACCCGACCCUGAUCAUACCGCCGAUUCCCGAAAAGCACUCCAUGGCAGACUACGCUGCACGGCCAACCAAGGCGAAGGAAGAUGCUGGUAUAAUAGAACUGAGGAAGCGCAUGUUGGCUGUUUUCUUGAACCGCUGCCGCGCCAUGAAGGAGGUCAUGGAGGACGGCGUCUUCUGGCGUUUCCUUGAUCCGCACACAAGCUGGAAUGAGGUUCUAAGCAGUGCGCCAGUUGCCAACAUUCCUAAGCAGAUUCUGAAGGCUCCCCCUCUGAACACUGCGAACCCUUCGCAAGCGCAUAGUUAUCUCCCUGUCCCAUCGUCGUCGGCGAAGCUGAAGUCUGCCGGUGCAACAUCCAGCUCAGGCACACCUACAUCCCCGCCCAGCCACGCUGCGCUGCCCUCAGCCGCUGCGCAUACAACACCUGGGCCGCAGGUCUUCGGUCGCUUCCCUCCCGAAACGCGCGACUUGUCAGAAGAAGAGCUUGAUCCAUACUUCGUCAAUUUCGAGCAGUCGUCGAAAGAGCUCGAGCACUUGCUACAAGGGCCAAUGGAGAAGGUUAACAGGAGAUUACUUACACACUUAGGAGCCUGGGGCGACGACAUGGCAGAUCUGGGCGCACGCUUCAACGCAUUCUCGCUGUCUGAAUCAUCCCAAUCGCUCGCGGCAGCGAUUGAGAAGACAGGACAGGCGGUCGACUCCACCUACGUCUCCACAUCUGAGCUUUCCUCAUCCCUCAGCGCAAGCUUUGCAGAGCCCAUGCGCGAAAGCGCGCAGUUCGCAGGCGUCGUCCGCGCUGUUCUUAAGUACCGCAUACUCAAGCGGAUACAAGAAGACAUGACCAAAGACGAACUCGGAAAGAAGCGCAAUCUCCUCGAAUCCCUUGAGCGCAGUGAAGCGGAGUCCAAGCGCCUAGAGCAACAUCUCAGCGGCGUCAGUCACGCCCCGCCUACUCGGAGUCGAGCAACCUCGUACAGCUCGGAACGGAGCGAUAUCUCAGAGCCCAGACGAAGCGCAGAGGCAGACCGCGCAUCCAUCGACUCGGACUUCCCACCUACCCACGGCGACGGGCCACCCCCGAGUAGCCACCAAGGCGCGCCGGACAGCCCGAAUGCAAGCGCGUACUCGCCUCCGAAUAGUCCGCAUAAGAAGACGGCGAGCGGGAACUUCGUCACGAACAAGCUGUUCGGAUCCAUCACGCACGCUUUCAGAGGCAUGGCCGAUGUCGACCCUGAGAAGACGAGGAGAGACCAGAUCGGCAAGACGAGGGACAGCUUGGUACAACUCGAGCAAGCGCUUGGCGUUGCAGAAAAAGACACCAAGGACGCCAGUGCCGGUGUGAUGAAGGACCUGCGCAGAUUCCAAGAGGAGAAGGAGAACGACUUGCGGCGGUACAUGAUGGAGUUUGCUCAGUGCCAUAUCGACUGGGCGAAGCGCAACAAGGCAGCGUGGGAAGAAGCGAGGGUAGAGGUCAACAACAUUCAGCAUCCGGCGGAUGAGUAUCCCAGGAGCGGGAAUGAUAUGUAGAAAGGCGAUGGGUAUAAUGGCUCGAUUACAGUAAUCGAGCGAAUGGAUAUAAAUGUCUUCUCAUUACCAGCAUGUACUGACAGCUGCCUGCGCACCAUCAUUUCGUGAUUACACGCA